AAAGGAGCGGACGUGAACGCCAAGGAUAGGUCGGGGCAGACAGCGUUGCACUGGGCGGCAGUGCGAGGUGGCAUCGCUGUUGCUGACGUGUUGCUGCAACGUGGCGCUGACGUGGAGGUUGCGGAUUCACACGGCUACAGAACCACACACGUGGCAGCACAGUACGGGCAGACGGCCUUCCUAUACCACAUCGUGGCCACGUGGGGGGGCUUGGCUGAUACCACUGACAACGACGGUCGCACCCCGCUGCACUGGGCGGCCUAUAAAGGCUUUGCGGACCCCAUCCGUCUGCUUCUCUUCUGUGACGCGUACCUCUCCCGCCCCGACAAGGAGGGUUGCACACCCCUGCACUGGGCGGCAAUCCGAGGGAAUCUCGAUGCGGUUACCCUAUUGGUCCAGGCUGGCAGCAAGGACGAUCUGAUUGCCACGGACUCCACUGGGAGCAUGCCAGCUCAGCUCGCAAGCGAUAAGGGCCACCGCCACGUGGCGCUUUUCCUGUCAAAUGCGCGCAAGGUGUUUGAUGCACGGCACGACACCAAGGGGCUGGCAGGCAAGAUGGCGAGAUACGGCCUGGCACCCGUGCUCUGGGCUGUCAUCAUCGGGCUGCUCAUCGGCUUCACAAACGCUGUCGUCUUCUCCACCACGCUCCCGGUGAUAACAGCGACCAUGGCAGCAUGGGCGUGGGCCGUCUUCAUCUGUGCCGGCACUGGCAUGUACUUUCUCUACCGCUCCUCCACGCAAGAUCCAGGCUAUGUGCAAUCGCCACGGCUGCAUGGUUCUAAGAAGGAGCAGCAAGAGGAAAUGGAACCACUGAAAGCGGACUACAUGGAUCCAGUGCUGCAGUCGGGUCAAUGGUCACAACUGUGUGUCACCUGCCGGAUCAUGCGGCCAAGGCGGUCGAAGCAUUGUUCCAUCUGCAACACGUGUGUCACACAGUUCGACCACCAUUGCCCCUGGAUCUCCAACUGUGUGGGCAAGCGCAACAAGUGGCAUUUCCUCAUGAUGCUCGUGCUUGAAAUGGCCGCCAUGAUCAUCGCCCUCUCCCUCGCCUUCGGCCGCCUGAUGAACCUGGAAGGGGCGCCAGCAGCGGGGGUGGGGUGGCUGGGCUACGUGGCAAUGCACCACACCGGAGCGCUGGUGUUCAUAAUCGCGGAUGGCUUCAUGCUGCUGUCCGUGCUGGGGCUUGUUGUGUCACAAGGCUCUCAGGUGGGUGAGAGCUGA